UCUUGUGUUGAACUGAAACUUAUAUAGUUGACAGUCCGAGACUGGUCGACAUGUUUUAUGGCCGAUGCGUGGGAUGAAACGGGAACAAUGUUAAAAGUGCGCUGACUGCUUUGCGUUUCGCUAACGUCCUCAUACGCUCGUCAACGUGGCCAGGGCGGACAUCCAAAAACAUAGUCACAAUGAUAACUCCUAUGUUUGACUUGAGCCAGGAUCCUGUGUACCUGAUCCUUUCCAUACGGGUUCCCUACACCAGAACAUCAGAAUUUGACCUCUAUAUAGAAGGAACAGAUGUGAAAUUCUAUGCCAAACCAUACUUUCUGAGGUUAACACUUCCAGGGAGGGUCGUGGAAGAUGGCAGAGAAAAAGCCACGUUUGACAUUGAUAAAGGUCUCUUCACCGUGCAGAUCCCCAAAGAAACACUUGGAGAACACUUUGAAGGCCUCCAAAUGUUGACGAGUCUCCUUGCUCCCAAAGGGUGCCGCUCAGCAAAACCUUUAUUAGAGGACAUCAGCGCAGCCGGCAGUGAAAGUGUGGGCACUAAUGAAGGGGAAGAUGAAGAAGACUUUGACUGGCAGAUUGAGCAGGAGGUUUACGUCGAGGGCUCUGAAGAGGAGCUAAGAGGCCUUCAGAAAUAUGGCUUUGGCAAUCAGAGGUCUGGAGUGUUUGCCAGAUUACAGGAAGAACUCAGUGAUGUGAUAGAUGUCAAGAACCCCGAUGGAACGACCAUAGCCGAGAGGAGGCAGGAGCGACUGAGCACAGAGGCCUCGGCCUUCUCCCCCGAUCACUACCUAGCUGAUCUGUUUGAAGAUGAUGAGAUCAAGAGACUGCUGAAAUUCAAACCGUGGUGGACAAAAUGUAGCCCUUCACCUGAGCGUGAAGGAGAGUCUGCCAUAUCGUUCAACGAUGAAGAGAAGGAGCAGCUGAGAAAAUUCACCAACCGAUCGUACCUCCUCGACAAGACCUCACGCCACCAAGUGUGGCUGAGCCUGGUGGACGUCUUGCUGGCUUACUCCUAUGAAGUGCGCUCCACGGAGGGAGACGACAAUGUGGAGGCACCGUGGACGAUCCGAAAACUCAGCGGCACGCUAUGUUGGCUGGAGACUUACAGCUGCUUACAAGAGGUCCUGGUGUCAUUUGGAAGAAGGGUUUUGUGCUAUCCGCUCUACCGCCACUUUGCCUUGGUGUCGGCUGCCAUUCGUGAUACAGCUUCAAUGAUGCAUUCAGGGAAAGCCUGCGUCCUCAAAUGCCUGCUUGGUAUUCACAAAAUCUUCAGACGGAACGACCCGGCUUACAUACUCAACGAUCUGUACAUCACAGACUACUGCAUCUGGAUCCAGAGGAUCAAGUCUAAGAAGUUGUCAGCCGUGGCGGCCGCUCUCCAAAAAGCCUCCCUAGAGAAAAAAGACUUGGAUCUUGAGAUUGAAGAGCUGGAAGAGGCGGCCACAAUGGUUGCUGGGGAGGAGGAGGAGGAGGAGGAGGAAGAGGAGGAGGAUGGAGCCUCGGAGAGUGCUUCAGGGACUGACAGCAGCGAUUCCGGUGACGGCAGCUCUCGCGAAGAAGACAACAAGUCUGAAGCCAGGAAAGGAGGGGGAGGAGGGUCACCCAAGGACAGCCUCCUCCAGCCCCAGGACACCUCCCCCGCCUAUGCCAUCCCGCAGGAGCACGCGGUCACGCGCUUGUCUGCGGACGGCCGAGUCCACGUCCUCCCACGAGCCUCCCGAGGCGCCCGACCGCUGAUCCAGGAGCUGGGGGAGCUGAGAAUCGCUCAAGACGUCGGCAGCGGUGCCGAAGCGGAGAGGAAAUGUUUGCAGCCAAGCGGCGCGGCGGCGGCAAAGGCAAAGGCGAGCGCGGCAGCAGAAGGGAGCGGCAGCAGCGGCGCUUUGUUAUUAGAGCCCAGUCGGCAGAGAAACCCUCUGCUCGUCGUUCAGACGCAGGAUGAUCUUCACAUCUCGUGAUGCGCUUGUUGAAAGCCGCUUUGAAAUGUAACCUUGAUGUAAGUCAGCAGUUACAUUUCAUGAGUUCUUCUUGUAGCUGCGUUAGGAUUUAUAGUGAGUACUUUCACAGCCCUUCUUCAUUAAUAUUUCAU